UGCCCCGCGCCACCUGUAGCGCUUUCACUUUCAUUUUUUUCUUGGAACGCGACAGGACAAAGCAGGGCCAUGGGGCCGGGGCGGGCAGGGGGCCUCCGCCUGCUGCUGCUGCUCCUGCUGCUGCUGCUGGGGGUCCUGGGCGGGGCGGCAAGAGGGCCCCGCUCCCUGCAUUAUUUCUACACUGCGGUGUCGGACCCGAGCCCGGGGCUGCCGCAGUUCGUGAUCGUGGGGUACGUGGACGGGGAGGUCUUCGUGCACUAUGACAGCGAGACCCACAGGAUGGUGCCCCGGGUGGACUGGAUGGCGGCCAACGAGGACCAGCAGUACUGGGACAGGCAGAGCGAGAUCGCCCAGAAUGAUGAGCAGAACUACCUCGUGGACCUGGACACGCUGCGGGAGCGCUACAACCAGAGCAGGGGGUCUCACACGCUGCAGUACAUGUGCGGCUGUGACCUCCUUGAGGAUGGUAGCAUCAGAGGGUUUGAGCAGCACGGCUAUGAUGGGAAGGACUUCCUCGCUUUUGACAAGGACACGCUGACGUACACUGCGGCAGAUGCUGGGGCACAAAUCACCAAGAGGAAGUGGGAGGAGGAAGGGACUGUUGCUGAGCAGACGAAGCACUACCUGGAGAACACCUGCAUUGAGUGGCUGAGGAAAUACGUGAGCUAUGGGAAGGCCAUGCUGGAGAGGAGAGAGCGCCCCGAGGUCCGAGUGUCGGGAAUGGAGGCCGACAGGAUGCUGACCUUGUCCUGCCGCGCUCACGGCUUCUACCCGCGGCCCAUCUCCAUCAGCUGGCUGAAGGACGGCGUGGUCCAGGAGCAGGAGACCCAGAGGGGGAGCACCGUGCCCAACAGUGACGGCACCUACCAUGCCUGGGCCACCAUCGAUGUCCUGCCAGGGGACAGGGACAAGUACCAGUGCCGCGUGGAGCACGCCAGCCUGCCCAAGCCUGGCCUCUUCUCGUGGGAGCCACAGUCCAACCUGAUCCCCAUUGUGGCGGGGGUGGCUGUCGCUGUCGUGGCUGUCAUCGCUGCCCUGGCUGGAUUUGCUGUCUGGAAGAGCAAGCAGGGUAAAGUGCCUGGGCGGGUGUCCUGGUUUCAGCACUGUCGUCGACUCUAUACUUCGGAAACCAUAUCUCAGAAACUAUUAGCAAUUACACCUAUUGCCUUUUUUCAUCAGGGAGUCAAUCUCUGGAGGGGACAGGGGAAGAUAUUUUCUCCUACCUGUUCACUCUCCCUUCCUCCUUCACCACCCUCUUAUCCCCCGAGCUAGUUACGGUAGCUCUCCAAGAUGUUGAAUAUCCUUGGGAUACUCAGACCAGCAUGUUCUUGUUGUUAUGUCUCCUGAAUGCGCUUCAGGUUUUGUUUAAGGUUAAACAACUACUUAGGAAUCUCAUCCGGAGAUCUGUCUUGAGGCGGGAUAUUUGCGAGUGGCAGGGAGUGUGGGAGGAUAUGGGCAGGUUUCUAGGGCAGUGGGCACCUCCAGUGUUUUGGACGUUCACCCCUGAACAACUGCAAAAUCCUAAAAAACUGGUAGAAUGCUUGAAAAAAAGGUGUCAUGACUCCGGCAGUUCCGAAGUGACACAAAUCGCUGUGGCGUGCUGGGGUCUGGCCUGUGCCUAUCGAGCUGCAAUUGAUGCUACUAUCAACCUAGUGACAGCUCCCGCAGCCGUUCCAGCUCCAGCUCCCGCAGCCGUCCCGGUUCCAGCUCCCACAGCCGUUCCAGCUCCCGCAGCCGUUCCAGCUCCAGCUCCCACAGCCGUUCCAGCUCCAGCUCCCGCAGCCGUUCCAGCUCCAGCUCCCGCAGCCGUCCCGGUUCCAGCUCCCACAGCCGUUCCAGCUCCCGCAGCCGUUCCAGCUCCAGCUCCCGCAGCCGUCCCGGUUUCGGCUCCUGCAGCCGUUCCAGCUCCCGCAGCCGUUCCAGCUCCAGCUCCCGCAGCCGUUCCAGCUCCAGCUCCCGCAGCCGUUCCAGCUCCAGCUCCUGCAGCCGUUCCAGCUCCCGCAGCCGUUCCAGCUCCAGCUCCCGCAGCCGUUCCAGCUCCCACAGCCGUUCCAGCUCCCGUAGCCGUUCCAGCUCCAGCUCCCGCAGCCGUCCCGGCACCCACAGCCGUUCCAGCUCCCGCAGCCGUUCCCACUCCUGUGGCUGGGUCAGAGAAACGAACUGUAGCAGUGCAAGUUGCCCCUGCAGAGGGUAUUCCAACCCCUGUGGCAGACCCUGUGGCUGGGUCGGAGAGGCGAGCUGUAGCAGUGCAAGUUGCCCCUGUAGAAAAGGUGAAAAAAUGGUAUAGAGACUCAGGUCGUUUAGAACGCAGAAAGUCUUCUGCUAAGUCUGGGCGUGGAGAAGACGAGGCUGGGCCAUCAAGUGUGCAGGAGGAUGAAGAUGAGGAUGAGGAUGUUGAAAAAUCAACAGUAACUACCCGAACCCUAUACCAGCGUGAGCUACGAGAUGUGCGAAAAGAUUUUGGUCGCUGUAUAGGUGAACAGCUUGUCACCUGGCUGCUCCGGUGCUGGGACACUGGAGCCAAUGGUGUGGAAUUAGAGGGCAGGGAAGCCAAGCGGUUGGGAUCCCUUGCUAGAGAUGCAAGCAUUGACAAAGCAAUUGGAGAUGGAGCACGAUCUCACAGCCUCUGGAGGCGUCUCCUGUUAGCUGUGAAGGGAAGGUAUCCCUACAAGGAAGAACUUGUAUGUCUACCAGUCAAGUGGACCACCAUGGAGAAGGGAAUCCAGUACCUGAGGGAAUUAGCCGUACGGGAAGUAAUUUAUAAGGACCUAGACGACGCACAAACAUCCACAGAUCCAGAUGACGUCCAGUGUACUCGACCCAUAUGGCGGAAGUUUGUACAUAAUGCACCAUCAACAUGGGCCAGCACAUUGGCAAUAAUAUCCUGGAAAGACGGUGAAGAUCCCACAGUGGGUGACAUGGCUAAACAACUCCGGCAGUACGAAGGAAAUCUCUCCUCUUCCCUACAGGCCUGCGUCUCGGCUGUGGAGAAACUCUCUGAAGAGUUCCACCAACUUAAAGAGAAUUUAUCUUCCCCCCCACCUGAACAAACCAGUGGCCACCAACUAAAAGAGAAUACUUUGGAGAAACUUUUUGAAGAGGUCCACCAACUUAAAGAGAAUUUAUAUUCCCCCCCACCUGAACGAACCAGUGGCCACCAACUAAAGGAGAAUACUUUGGAGAAACUUUUUGAAGAGGUCCACCAACUUAAAGAGAGUGUAUCUUCUUCCCCACCUGUACGAACCAGCGUCUCGGCUAUUAGGGGUAAACGCGCAUCCGUGCAAAGAAGACAAUAUGGUUGGUACACACCCCGCGCCACCCUGUGGUUCUACCUACGUGACCAUGGAGAGGACAUGAGAAAAUGGGAUGGAAAAUCUACUGAGACCCUAGAGGCACGGGUACGUGAGUUACAAAAGAAAACAAUCGGGAGAAAGGGGUUCUCUGAAAAGUUUGCUGCUCCAACUUCUAGCAGGCAGUCUUUUAAACACAGAAACGAAGAUUCUGACCAGGACUAGAGGGGCCCUGCCUCCAGUCAGGGGGAGGAAAGGGACAACCGAGUUUAUUGGACUGUGUGGAUUCGAUGGCCUGGCACGUCUGACGCACAGAAGUAUAAGGCUUUAGUAGACACCGGUGCACAAUGUACUCUAAUGCCAUCAAGCUGUAAAGGGCCAGAGCCCAUCUGUAUUUAUGGCGUGACAGGGGGAUCCCAGCAGUUAACUGUAUUGGAAGCUGAAGUGAGUCUAACUGGAAAUGAGUGGCAAAAGCACCGUAUUGUGACUGGCCCGGAUGCUCCGUGCAUCCUUGGCAUAGACUAUCUUAGAAGAGGAUAUUUCAAGGACCCAAAAGGGUUCCGCUGGGCUUUUGGCAUAGCUGCCUUAGAGACAGAGGACAUUAAACAGUUGUCUACCUUGCCCGGUCUCUCAGAGGACCCUUCUGUUGUGGGGCUGCUGAGGGUUGAAGAACAGCAAGUGCCAAUCGCUACCACAACUGUGCACCGGCGGCAAUAUCGCACCAACCGAGACUCCCUGAUUCCCAUCCACGAGCUAAUUCGUCAACUGGAGAGCCAAGGAGUGAUCAGCAAGACUCAUUCACCUUUUAAUAGUCCCAUAUGGCCAGUGCGAAAGUCUAAUGGUGAGUGGAGACUAACAGUGGACUAUCGUGGCCUGAACGAACACUGACAAGGGCUGGGGAAAAAAAGGGAAAUAAGGCUUCCAGGGGACAGGGAGAUAUCCCCGGGGCAGUGAAAUGAUAAAAAAUAAAUUGAUUAAGUGCUGUGCAUUAAUCUGGACAAAGGAACCAGCCUGCUCCACCAGAGGCCCCUCCACAGGCCGCAGGGGAACUUCUGCUGUGUGCCUGGAGCACCUCCUGUCCUCCUUCUGCGCUGACCUUGGGGUCUGCAGGGCUGCUUCCCACUCCUCGCUCCAUCUAGGCACCCCUUGGCAGGCAGGUCUGCCACCUGCCCCAGGGGACAGGCCUGGGCACUUCCAGCAGCCUGAAGUCUGCAGGGCAGCCUCACCUCUCAGCAGCUCCGUCUAGGUGGAGGCAUCGGCCACCACUGGGGCAGAUGGUGCAGAGCACACAGACGGAGCGAAAGCCUCUGCCCAGAGGUGAGUGCCCACCAUUUUGCCUUGAGGAUUGGCGAGGCACGCACUAUUGGCCUGUGCAGGACCGGGUGCGUAGUGCAGGUGUUCCUGGUGCCUCCCACCCUCAUGGGGCACCCUCAUGGGGUGCCCUCCCUGUGUUCUCCUGCACCAAUGGCCAUGCCAGGCCCAGCUGAGGUGCCACACACAACCCACCAUGUUGGCCACGCUCCCUCGGGGCUGCUCAGGGGGCACUCAGGGGUGGCCACCCUCACUGCUGGACCUGCCCAUGGCUCAUCGGCUGCUUUGGAGGAGCUGCUGUCCCUGGGCCUUUCUCUGUGCUCUCCUGGGGCUUCCCCAGCUCAGGAAACCCCCUGUAGGCUGCGGUGAGUCAAGGAACAUCUGCUGGGUUGGCAAGGGGAGACGUUGCAGAAGAUUUUGAGUGUAGUGGUAGUUGUUUAUGACGGGCAAGAGGAAAUGGAGAAGGUGGACACAACGAAUUCACAAAAGAGAACCGAGGAACAGGAGGGUAAUUUAUGGGCAGCAAUGCUCAUGAGGAGUUUGCAGGCUAGAGGAGGAAAUAGAGGAGUCCGAGGAAGGGGAAAGUCAGACCCUGGACUGGGUCAAGAAACAUGGACUGGAUAAAGGGAGAGGAAUAAUAGGGGAGAAAGCAGAGAAUGCUACUGCUGUGGGAACAUGGGGCUGGAUUUUACAGACUGUGGAUACCAGAACUGGGGGAACUGACUACACCUGUAACUGAGGGCACCAAGGAUGAGGAAAUAGAACCUAUCUCCUGGGAAGUGGAAGGGGAAAAGGCAUUCAAAGCUGUAAAAGAUGCUUUAACAUCUGCCCCUACACUGGGGCUCCCAGAUUACUCAAAACCUUUUUGAUUUAUAUGCCCAGAGGCAGGGUCCGGCACACGCUCUUGUUCCUGCAGUCAGUGGCUGCCCAUCUCUCCCAUUCGUCCAGAUCCCUCUGCAAGGCCUCUCCACCCUUGAUGGAAUCCACAGAUCCUCCCAGUUCAGUGUCAUUAUCAACAACUUGAUUGACAACUGUAUUGAUCAGUUUAUGAAUGCCAUAUCUCAAGUGGACAAUGCAAUAGAUUGCUGGCAUUGUCAAAAAAAAAAAAAAACAACAAAAAACACACACCGCUGGAUACUGAAUUCUGGAGCUUUGCAAAACCAGUCCAUGAAACAUUUUGAUAUCAACCCAAGUCAUCAUACUUAUUCCCUGAUACUCUAAAUUAUCAGCCACAGCCUUACCCAGUGUGCAAUGAGCCUAUCCACACACUAGGUCGAGAUAUUGUCUAUUUCAGAAUUGCGCAAGUGCCAGCUGGUUUCUUGCUAAACUGGCACACCUAAGGAUUUUCUGUGCCACACUUUAUACAAUCUCUUAUCACUACAUGUACAUGUUAGCACAAUCUUCUAAUUUCUAAUUGGUUACAAAAUGAGCAUACUGCCAAUUUGACAAAAUCAUUCUAUGCAUCCUCAGAGGGGAAGGGUCUCUUUUUGGGCUGGGGUCUCUCAGCCUAGGGCCAUGAUUUUUACUAUUCUAAUGAGGAUAGUUCUCAUUAGUAUUAGAGCAUUAGAAACUCAUACCUUUGUUUUUCAGCCAAGUAUUUCUAAAAAGUUGAUUAGUAGCACAUCCAGUAGUGUAUGUGUUGAUGUUUCCUUACCAAAUGGUCUUUCUGAUUAAGUAGUUUUUUUAUGAAUCAUCCUUUAGAUAUCCUCAAGGCCUGGAUCAUCUUGCCCUUGCCUUGAAGUACAUAUUUUACAGCUUUUACCACAAAACAAAUUUAACAAUGCAAACUUAAAUUGUUACUGGCGUCAAUAUGAUUAGGCCCCAUGGUGCAUUACAAUGCACCAGCAAUUCGGUAUGGGUGGGAAUAACAAGCCGUUGUUAUAACAGAUCUGAAAACCUCAUCGGCCUGUGACAACAAAUCAGCAAUUACCAUCGAAGGUGCUUUCAAUGGUUUGAAGUCCUGGAAUCUUACAUGGAAUGUCAGCAAUAAAAAUUGCCAAAGAUGCUCGAA